AUGGAAAUGCUCUAUGCAGCUAUCGUUGGUGGUACAGUUGUCGGUCUAUUGACAGCCAUAUUACUAGUAAUGUUUAUUGUGUAUCGGAUGCGAAAAAAGGAUGAAGGAUCGUAUGCGUUAGAAGAGCCAAAACCACGUCCAUAUGCUGGUUAUGCGUACACAAAAGCAUCCACGAAGGAAUUCUACGCAUAG